AUGGCAAGAAUAACUGACGAUUUAACUAAAUUUUACUACGUGCUUUCAAACUUGGACAGACAGUACGCGGUUGAAGUGGAAGACGUCAUCACCUCACCACCGGCUACAAAAAAUAUGAAGAAAAAGAUAAAACAGCUUUUACAAUCAGAAGAGUUAGGUGACCGUAAGCCUUCACAAUUCUUACGACAUCUACGACAACUAGCUGGACCUACAAUACCAGACGAUUUUCUGCGGUCCAUAUGGACAGGCCGUCUACCAGACAACCUACAAACUAUCAUCGCGUCUCAGAUGACUUUGUCUCUCAUUGAACUGGCAGAUCUGGCUGACAGAGUCCAUGACAUCGCACCUAGUGCACCUCAGGUGGCAGCAACAUCUUCAAGAGAAGACUCGGCACUGGAAAUCAUGGCUCGACAAAUAACCGAACUAACAAAACAAGUCAGCGCCCUAACGAUGGAAGUGCACACCCGGUCCCGUUCUCGCAAUCGUCAGCAGCUCCACGAUCUUUCCAGAGCUAACACGACCGGCAGGCAUAUACCAUACACCAAAACACAACACAGUUCAUCACAUCCGCACCACACCAGGCCCCCCGGUUGCCUGUACUCCUCGAAGACUGGCACCUGA